GGGCGGCGGCCGGGUUCCCCCCCCCUCCCAGGCAAAGGGAGCGAUGCAGCAUCCUGGAACGUCGGACAUGGGGAGUUUCCUUUUUUUUACGGACAGUUCUGCCCCCCUCCCCUGGACCGGAGGGGGCUCGUGGCGCUUUGACUCCGGAGACAUCUGAUUAGCGCCCCCCCUCCCUCCUCCUCCUCCUCCUCCUCCUCCUCUUUCCCGACCGCUGCCUCCCCCCCCCCAAGAACUCGCUGCGCCCCACAGACUUUGGCCCUUAAGCGGCCGGGAAGCGGGGCUGGAAGGAAGGAAGGAAGGAAGGAAGGAAGGAAGGAAAGAAAGAAAGAAAGCCGCCGGCAACCGCUCCGAGCCUCCCUCCCAUCUCCCUCCCCCUCUCCCCCCGCCCCCCCCCCCCCCCCCCUCCAGCCAACAUCCUUCACCCCCUUUCCCAAGCCUUGCGGCGUCGGGGACUUUCCAGAUGGAGGAAAGAGCCGGGAUUUCUUCUUCUUCUUCUUCUCCUUCGUGGAUUCUCCAUUGAAGAGAGGAAAUUGCACGGAUGCGGCCGCGCGUGGGUCUCGUGUGUGUGUCUGUCUGUGUGUGUGUCUGUGUGCGCGCGCGCGCGCGCCCCGGAGUGAGUGAGUGAGUGAGUGUGCUGGCUGGAGCCCCCCCCCCGCUACCGCUUUCUUUUCCAGAGAAAGCACAACCCCCCCUCCUCCCCCCCCAAAAAAGACACCCCCCCAAGAAGGCGGAGGCAAGACGGACCGGUUGGCUUCACCCUCCCCCCCCUCCAGAUCGACCUGCGAAGGAAAAGGGGGCUUCUCUCCCCCCCCAUUCAAGAAAAGGAGUUGCCAGGAGAAGGAGGCUGGGGGGGGGAGGCGCAGUUCACGGAUUCCGUGGCAGCGCAGGGGCCACGGCCGAACUUUCUCCAUGAGGAGGGGUAGAAGAUGCCGGCUUUGCCCGCGCUGCUGCUGCUGCUGAUACUCGGCUUCACCCACCAGAGCCUGGAGCUGUUGUCCUCUCUGCGCAUGGCUUCCAUUUUGGAUGACCAGACUGUGUGUGGCCGUGGGGAGCGACUUGCCUUAGCUUUGGCCCGUGAACAUAUCAACAGCAUCAUUGAAGUGCCCGCCAAGGCCCGGGUGGAGGUGGAGAUCUUCGAACUGCAGCGGGACAGCCAGUACGAGACCACCGACACCAUGUGUCAGAUUCUGCCCAAAGGGGUAGUCUCAGUUCUGGGACCAGCCUCCAGCCCAGCCUCUGCUUCCAUCGUCAGCCACAUUUGUGGAGAAAAAGAGAUCCCCCAUGUUAAGGUGGGUCCUGAGGAAACGCCGAAAUUGCAAUACCUGCGCUUUGCUUCGGUCAGCCUCUACCCCAGCAACGAGGAUGUCAGCCUGGCUGUGUCUUGUAUCCUGAAGUCCUUCAACUACCCCUCGGCGAGCCUCAUCUGCGCCAAGGCCGAAUGCCUGUUGAGACUGGAGGAGUUAGUCCGCCAGUUCCUCAUCUCCAAGGAAACCCUCUCGAUCCGGAUGUUGGAUGACACCAAUGAUCCCACACCGCUGCUCAAGGAGAUCCGAGACGACAAGAUCUCCACCAUUAUUAUCGAUGCCAAUGCUUCCAUCUCUUACCUCAUCCUGAAGAAGGCUUCAGAGUUGGGGAUGACAUCUGCCUUCUACAAGUACAUCCUGACAACUAUGGAUUUUCCAAUCUUGCACUUGGAUGGAAUUGUGGACGAACAUUCCAAUGUCUUGGGCUUCUCCAUGUUCAACACCACACAUCCUUUCUACAUGGAAUUUGUCCGCAGCCUCAACAUGUCAUGGCGAGAGAACUGUGAAGUCAAUCCUUACCCAGGACCGGCGCUAUCAGCAGCUCUCAUGUUUGACGCAGUACACGUGGUUGUGAGUGCCGUGCGGGAAUUGAACCGUAGCCAGGAGAUUGGGGUUAAGCCCCUGGCUUGCACAUCAGCUAACAUCUGGCAACAUGGAACCAGCCUGAUGAACUACCUGCGCAUGGUAGAGUAUGACGGGCUGACGGGACACGUGGAAUUCAACAGCAAGGGUCAAAGAACCAAUUAUACCCUGAGAAUUCUGGAAAAAGGACGACAUGGACACCGGGAGAUUGGGGUGUGGUACUCUAACAAGACCCUUGCAAUGAAUGCCACAACGUUGGAUAUCAAUGCCGCAGAGAGCCUGGUCAAUAAGACGCUAGUGAUCACCACCAUCUUGGAGAACCCCUACGUGAUGCGUCGGGCAAACUUCCAGGAACUGUCCGGUCCAGCACAGUAUGAAGGCUUCUGCGUGGACAUGCUUCACGAGCUUGCCGACAUCCUUAAGUUCCGUUUCCAGAUCAAACUGGUGGAUGAUGGGCUUUACGGGGCUCCUGAACCUAAUGGGUCUUGGACCGGCAUGGUGGGAGAACUCAUUAACAGGAAAGCCGAUCUGGCGGUGGCUGCCUUCACCAUCACAGCUGAACGGGAGAAGGUCAUCGACUUCUCCAAGCCUUUCAUGACUUUGGGAAUCAGCAUCCUGUACCGUGUACACCUGGGACGCAAACCGGGGUAUUUUUCCUUCCUUGACCCCUUUUCCCCAGCAGUUUGGCUUUUCAUGCUUCUUGCCUAUCUCGCAGUUAGCUGCGUCCUCUUUCUCGCUGCUCGGCUAAGCCCUUACGAAUGGUACAACCCUCAUCCUUGUCUCCGGGAGCGUCAUAACAUCCUGGAAAACCAGUACACGCUGGGAAACAGCCUCUGGUUCCCAGUCGGGGGUUUCAUGCAACAGGGAUCAGAAAUUAUGCCCCGAGCUCUUUCUACCCGUUGUGUCAGUGGUGUCUGGUGGGCCUUCACGCUGAUCAUCAUCUCCUCCUACACGGCAAACCUUGCGGCCUUCCUCACCGUGCAGCGCAUGGAGGUGCCGAUAGAAUCGGCGGAUGACUUGGCCGACCAAACCAACAUUGAAUACGGCACUAUCCAUGCCGGUUCUACCAUGACCUUUUUCCAGAAUUCUCGCUAUCAAACUUACCAGCGCAUGUGGAAUUACAUGCAUUCAAAGCAACCGAGUGUCUUCGUGAAGAGCACGGAAGAAGGAAUUGCUCGGGUGCUGAAUUCGAAAUAUGCCUUUCUUUUGGAGAGCACGAUGAAUGAAUAUCACCGGAGGCUCAACUGCAACCUUACCCAGAUCGGGGGGCUACUAGAUACCAAGGGCUAUGGCAUCGGAAUGCCCUUGGGUUCUCCAUUCCGGGAUGAGAUCACCCUGGCCAUUCUGCAGCUGCAGGAAAACAACCGAUUGGAAAUCCUGAAACGCAAAUGGUGGGAAGGAAGCAAAUGUCCCAAAGAGGAAGAUCACCGGGCCAAAGGGUUGGGUAUGGAGAACAUUGGAGGAAUAUUUGUGGUGUUGAUCUGUGGACUCAUCAUCGCCGUCUUUGUGGCUGUCAUGGAAUUUGUGUGGGCCACGCGGCGCUCGGCGGAGCACGAAGAGAUCUCGGUUUGUCAAGAGAUGCUGAGGGAGCUACGUCACGCGGUUUCUUGUCGCAAGCCGACUCGCUCCCGACGGCGACGGCGUCACUACCCCAUCCGCGGGGGCCUUUCGCUGCGAUCUGUCCGGGAGAUGCGCCUCAGCAACGGCAAACUCUAUUCGGGGACUUUAGUGACAGAACCAGGCCCUCAGCGCCUCCUGGAAGACCCCCCCAGGCCUUGUACCCACGUCCGCAUUUGCCACGAGUGCCGGCGCAUCCAGACUCUUCGGGGAGCUCCCCCACCGCCCCGGGGGCCCCCGCCGCCUGAAGAAGGCACUCCACGGAGGGGAGCCCCCCGCGAACUCAACGAGCAGGAGUGACCGCUCCCUGCCCUAGCUUUUGGGCCCCCUCCUUGUUGACCUUGCCUUCGCUCGCCGGCGGAGGUGCCUCCAGUUAAGAGAUGUACGCUAUGCGUAUGCCCUGAACGAGGGACCCAAAACUGGGAGGAUCCACCCAGCCCCACACAGGGACCCUUGCCCUUGGGGGCUGCGGAGGUUUGCAGCUCUCCUUCCAAGUGGCCUGGAGAAAGUAACCCACCUACUCGUUCCAAAAUACAAGGGAGGGGGGGGUUUCCCCCUUUUUUUGUGUCACCCUCCUUCUAUGAGAACGAGGUACUCAUGCCUGGUCCGUUCCUCCUUCUCCCCCUCGCUCUCCAUCCCCGUCCCCCCCCCAAAUUUCACCUUUGGGUGGGUGGUUCCAUGGUCCCUGUUUGGGCCACAAGAAAAUAGCAAAGCCGUGUUGUGGGAAGGAGAAGAGAUCCCGAAACUUAUCUACUUUUCAAGAAGAAUUUUCUCCUCUAGAUCGUCCUCCAUGUUUUCUGGAAACUCUGGCCUCCCUCCAGCUCAUCCCGGCCCCUCCACCUUCUCUCAAGACAGCUUUGUGCUGGACGCCCCCACCCCACCCUGUUCCAUCAACCUCUGGAGGAUGUGCUCAACAGCUGUACUGGAGGUCAAAGGAACCUGUGUUUCAGGAACGCUGUGGGGUAUGACCCUCCAGUUAUGGGGAGGGGUGGGAGAGGGGGAGGUAGGGUUCCCACUCCUGAAAUCACCCACCCACCCACCCCACCAGAAAGCACACGUAGCUCCAAGUCACUCCCAAGCUCAGCUGAGUACGGUUUGUUGGGUUGUGUGGACAAAAUAAGCAUCCGGACACUAAGGUUAAGCUCGGAAUCCGCUCAGAUUGUCUUUGAAGAAGUCAGGGGACCCAGUGGAUUCCACACACGGAGAUCCCAGAACCAAGAACGUGAAGGAGCAGUUGAAAGAAAAGAGCAGAGGUGACCGACAAACCAACUUUGGAAAGGGGGAAAAUUAACAACACGGGAUGUUUCCUUCCCCCAAAAGAGGGGGGGGGGGAAGAUAAGUGGGUCUGUGGAACUGCGUCCUCACAAUUAUCUUGUCUGUCUUUUUUUAAUUUUUGUUUCAUUCUUUUUUUUUUUUUCCUUUUGGGAUAAAUUUCUAUAGAAGCCAAAACAAAAACAAAAAAACAAAACAAAACAAAACAAAACAAUAUCUGGAGACUUUAGUGACAACCCCAAAAGACAAAAUAAAUGUGAAAAUACUUGGUUCUUUUAAGUGAGUGAAUGGGAGAGGAGGGUUUUUUUUAUGGUGUUUGUGAGAGUUCCCUACGCUUGUGGUGCAGUCACAGGUGUAUAUAUAUACACACACACACACACACACACAUACAUGGGGCAGGAGAGUAUUCACUGCAUAAUUCGCUUUUUUCCCCUCUUAAGUAUACAGGAAUUCAUGAAAAGAAGGGUGGAAAGAAUGAACUAAAGUUGAGAAAGCUUUAUGGGGGUGGAUGGAUCUAUUUUUAAAAAAUAUCCCAAUGUGUUGGGAUAUUUUUAUGUCCCAGGCAGGACAAGAAGCAACGGGUGGAAACUGAUCAAGGAGAGAAGCAACCUGGAAUUAAGGAGAAAUUUCCUGAGAGUUAGAACAAUUAACCAGUGGAACGACUUGCUUCCAGAAGUUGUGAAUGCUCCAUCACUGGAGGUUUUAAAGAAGAGAUUGGAGAACCAUUUGUCUGAAAUGGUCUAGGGCAGUGAUGGCGAACCUUUUUGGCACCGAGUGCCCAAACCGGAAUGUGCGUGCAUGCGCGCGCCGGCUAGAUCAGUGGUGGGUUUAAAAAAUGUUUACUACCGGUUCUUUGGGUGUGGCGUGGCUUGGUGGGCAUGGCAGGGGAAGCAUACUGUUCUGUCCCCCCACCUCACAUAGGCAGACACACGAGCAAAAGACAUCUACCAGUAAUUUAUUUUUACAAGCUGAUCUGAAUCCUUUGGCAGAUAAAAGUUCUGGCAGCUACUUUCCGAAUGCCUGCCAAGUUUCUUAUCACCUCUAGAAACAGGAGUCAGCGUAUUUGUAGUCCAUUGCUGGGGCAACCAAGAGUUCACAAGGCACAAAAGAGUAGUCAGAAGUCAUUCACAAAGUCCAAGCCUUAAUUCCGAAAGAUAUCCCAUCCGAAGCUCACAAUAUGCAGUUUUUGUCCGUCACAGAAUCUACUGAAACCUACCUCUGGUGUGCACACACGGGAGCGCAAGAAACGGGAAAAGCAGGUCACCUGGUGGUGUUCGGGUUAUUGCCACGCAUGUGCCUGUGAAGAGCAGCUGGUCGGUGCGCAUGCGUGUGCCGGAAACCGGAAGCUCAACUUCCCAGUACGCCAGGGAGCUGCUUUUCCGGUUUCUGCCACUCCUGCCUGCGCAAAGACCAGCUUGGGGGUGCACAUGUGCGCGUUGGAAUCCGGAAGAGCAACGGGCGAUGGCUGGCGUGCCCAGAGAGAUAGCUCUGCGUGCCACUUCUGACACGCGUGCCAUAGGUUUGCCAUCAUGGUCUUAGCAGGUUGUCCAAAAUUACAAUUAUGAGGGAAAAAUGGCCGUUUUCAGACAUGACGUUCUGUCUGGGAUAUCCAUCAAGAGAAAAAAAAACAAUUUUUUAAGCCAUUGAUUUUAGUCAGCUCGCUGGGUUCUCAUUUAUGUUCUUUACUUAGCAACAGGGACAUUUUUAUGGAUUGACACUAUUGAUUUGGCACAGCUAUUAUUUGCAAUUAAAGAAUACUUCUGUAAAAGAUAAGAGUACAUUUUUUCCCCACCCCCACUGUCUUUGGAGGGCACGCUGUGGCUAAAUUUAUUAUUUGGUCCCAUAUAAAGACAUGAUUUCAGUAGGGGUUUUCUAAUGGCUUAUUUUUCAUCAUUUUUCCUGCCUUCCAUUUCUUUGGUAGCAAAAAAGGUAACCCUUGACCCCACUUUUUAAAAUGUUCAUUUUCAAAUAAAACCUUGUGGAUUCUG